UGCCCCGCCGCCGGCAGCCGCCAGGAUGUUCAGCUGGGCGAGCAAGGACGGGCGGCGCAAGAAGGACCCGGAGCUGUUCCAGACGGUGUCGGACGGGCUGCGGCGCCUGUACCGGAACAAGCUGCUGCCGCUGGAGGACGCGUACCGCUUCCACGACUUCCACUCGCCGGCGCUGGAGGACGCCGACUUCGACAACAAGCCCAUGGUGCUGCUGGUGGGCCAGUACUCCACCGGCAAGACCACCUUCAUCCGCCACCUGAUGGAGCAGGACUUCCCCGGCAUGCGCAUCGGCCCCGAGCCCACCACCGACUCCUUCAUCGCCGUCAUGUACGGGGAGCAGGAGGGCGUGGUGCCGGGCAACGCGCUGGUCGUGGACCCCAAGAAGCCCUUCCGCAAGCUCAACGCCUUCGGCAACGCCUUCCUCAACCGGUUCAUGUGCGCCCAGAUGCCCAACCCUGUGCUGGAGAGCAUCAGCAUCAUCGACACGCCGGGCAUCCUGUCAGGAGAGAAGCAGCGCAUCAGCCGAGGCUACGACUUCGCCGCCGUGCUGGAGUGGUUCGCCGAGCGGGUCGACCGCAUCAUCCUGCUGUUCGACGCCCACAAGCUGGACAUCUCGGACGAGUUCUCGGAGGUCAUCCGCGCCCUCAAGAACCACGAGGACAAGAUGCGGGUGGUGCUGAACAAGGCCGACCAGAUCGAGACGCAGCAGCUGAUGCGGGUGUACGGCGCCCUCAUGUGGUCGCUGGGCAAGAUCGUCAACACGCCGGAGGUGGUGCGCGUCUACAUCGGCUCCUUCUGGGCGCAGCCCCUGCUGGUGCCCGACAACCGCAAGCUGUUCGAGGCCGAGGAGCAGGACUUGUUCCGGGACAUCCAGGGCCUGCCGCGCAACGCCGCGCUGCGCAAGCUCAACGACCUCAUCAAGCGCGCGCGGCUCGCCAAGGUAACGGCCCGCCGUCGGGCGGCGCGGCUGCGCCAUGACUCCUCCUCCUCUCGCCCCCUAAGGCCGUGACUCCUCCUCCUCUCGCCCCGUAAGGCCGUGACUCCUCCUCCUCUCUCUGUACAGGAGCUCCUGGCUACCCAGGACUUCAGCAAGUUCCAGUCCCUGAAGCCCAAGCUGAUGGAGGCGGUGGAGGACAUGCUGGCCAACGACAUCGCCCGGCUGAUGACCCUGGUGCGGCAGGAGGAGGCGGCCAUGCCCAGCCAGGCGGUCAAGGGCGGCGCCUUCGAGGGCACCAUGAACGGGCCGUUCGGGCACGGCUACGGCGAGGGCGCGGGCGAGGGCAUCGACGAGAUCGAGUGGGUGGUGGGGCGCGACAAGCCCAACUACGACGAGAUCUUCUACACGCUGUCGCCCGUCAACGGCAAGGUGUCGGGCGCCAGCGCCAAGAGGGAGAUGGUGAAGUCCAAGCUGCCCAACACCGUCCUGGGCAAGAUCUGGAAGCUGGCCGACGUGGACAAGGACGGUUUCCUGGACGACGAGGAGUUCGCCCUCGCCAACCACCUGAUCAAGGUGAAGCUGGAGGGGCACGAGCUGCCCGCCGAUCUGCCCCCCCACCUGGUGCCGCCCUCCAAGCGCGGCACCGCGCAGUGAGUGAGGGGGGCGUCGGGGGCUGGGGUGCGGGGGGUGCGCGCGCGUGUGUGUGUGUGUGAGGCGGGGCGAGACCUCGGUCGCUCAGAACAAAUCUGCAGGGUGAGCUUGGGGUCCGCUCGGCGCUUCGGCCGCAGUCUCGCACCCGGGCCCAGGCGCCCAGGGGGGCAUCAUUGUAAACCAAACCUACGUAAAACCGCCGCGAUGUUAAUCCUCUAGAAGAGACGCCAACACGAGGUGUCAACACUUGCUAACUUGUACAGCUCUGGGCUCGCCUGUCUGCGCUGCGAGAAUUUUCCGCCUUCUGAUUUUCCCCCUCCUCUCUCUUGCAAUCAUUUUAAUCGCCUGUCUGGAAGCGCUCAGAUCUGUCCGUCUUUCCACGUCACUCCAGCGCCGCAGAGAAC